AUGAUUGGGAGCAAGCCAGUUGACACUCCCAUGGAUCCAAACUUGAAAGUUAAUCGAAGAGAGGAUUCAACUCCAGUACAGAGGGGGAGCUAUCAAAGAUUAGUAGGAAAGCGAAUCUAUAUCUCUCAUACUAGACCUGAUAUCGCCUUCCCUGUCAGCGUUGUUAGUCAACAUAUGCACAGUACUUGUGAGGAGCACUUGGAAGCAGUGUAUCAUAUUCUAAGGUAUCUGAAAAUGACACUAGGUCUUGGUUUGCACUUCAAAAAACACAACAACCGAGACUUGGAAGUUUACACAGACUCUAGUUGGGCUGGAGAGCUGACCGACAGACAAUCAACUAGUGGUUAUUGCACCUAUGUAUGGGGUAAUUUAGUUACUUGGCAUGGUAAAAAGCAGCCUAUGGUCUCAAGGAGUAGUGCAAAGUCAGAAUAUCGUGCUUUGGCCUUAGGUAUUUGUGAAGGGAUAUGGAUCAAAAGGCUCAUAAAUGAAUUGAGGUUUGACUCUCCUGAGUCCUUUAAAAUGUACAGUGAUAGUCAAGCAGCAAUUAGCAUUGCUAAAAAUCUGAUUCAACACAAUAGAACUAAACAUGUUGAAAUAGACAGACACUUCAUUUCUGAGAAGGUGAAUUCAAAGAUCAUUGAGCUCAACUACAUUGCUACAAAGAAACAGAUUGUCGACAUCCUAACAAAGGCCCUACCAAGAAAAAGUUUUGAAGAAUGA